GAGUGCCAUGAGAUUGAUUAUACUGCCUGUCAAAUAAUGAAGCAAAAAAUUAACAAUAUGUGUGAUGAAGCUUGCUGGGUACAGGCCUGUCCUCAAACAUGUGGCAAAUGCGCCAGCUGUUUUUCUUGUGAUCUGGUGAGCCAUCCAAGACAUUGUUCAAAUACUACCGUUUGUGAACCCGGUGAGCAAUGUUAUUCAAUGAAACAUUUUUCUACUGAUGGUGGAUACGCGUACAAAAUGGGUUGUCUAAAGCAGCAGGCUUGUUCAAGACUUCGCACGUCGUUCAGUAAUGUCUUUGGACGAAGAGACGAGAUAGAAUUGCCUUUAGACGGAGAUUGCUGUCAAGGAGACCUUUGCAACAAUGUUGUCUUGAGACAUUCAACUACCAGUACAACAACAACGACAACAACAACGACGACAACAACAACGUCAAUGCCAACGACAACAACAACACAAACAACGACGACGCCGACAACAUCAACAACCCGUGAUCCCCUGGGUUGCACUUAUUCCUUUGGGAGUCGAUGCCCGGAUACACACCAACAAAUCGGCAAUAAAUGUCUUAUGGUUUCCAGUAAACCUUUGGAUUUUGAAGAAGCAAAGAGAUACUGUUAUUAUCAUUGCUCCACUUUGGCAGAGGAAAUCGACGGAAGGAAUUUUUACUCCAUUCAGCAAUAUUUAUUGGGGUACUUUAGACAACAUAUAAACAUAGGAGAGACUGGAAACGUCUACCUUGGAGCCAUUGACAGACACCAUGACGGAAAAUUUACCUGGAUCAUAUCAGGGACCAUAGCAGCUGUACCAAUCGGAUUGGAAUAUAAUCAUUACUGCGGGGUACUUGUUUACGACACAGGGAGGCUAAAACCAGUCUCAUGCAGCGAAUCUCAUUAUGCUCUUUGUGAAGCUCCAUUAAAAUUAAACUACAUUACAAUUUAUAAUUUUUUGCCAAAAUCCAAAGUGAUGUGCCAAGACCUAGAAGAUAUACAAGAAUAA